GGAGGAAACGCGGCCGCGGGGCGGGUUCUCGGCGGGGCGGCCCGCGGCCAUGGCGUUCGUGCUCGUCGCGCUGCGCGUCCUGCUGGGCGGCUUUUUCGCACUCACCGGGGCGGCCAAGCUCUGCCAGCUCUCGGCUCCGGAGACCGAGCAGAUGAAAGCCCUGUUCCUGCAGUUUACUGAAGUGUUUCCCUUGAAGAUAUUCGGCUACCAGCCUGAUCCCAUGAACUACCAAACAGCUGUGGGCUGGCUGGAGCUGCUGGCCGGGUUGCUGCUGGCUGUGGGCCCACGGAUGCUACAAGAGAUCAGUAACUUGUUCUUGACCCUGCUCAUGAUGGUAGCUAUCUUCACUUUGGCAUCUCUGAAAGAGUCCCUGAGCACCUUCAUUCCAGCCAUCACCUGCCUGGGGUUUCUGCUGCUGCUGGAUAUCUGGCAGGCCUUAGCCCACACUAAAAAGGUGCACAGAUACCACAGGAAGAAGGUUCCACAUGUCUUCAAGAAGGCCUGGGAGCAGAGAGCCUCUUCACAUCAGCUGUAACAGCAGGAACAUACAGAGCCUCCCACCUGACUACCACUAUGUCCUUAGUUGUCCAGGGUUGAAAAAAUUAUCUGGCCUACCUGGUCCUGAUUUCUGUCUGUAGCUAUGUUACUCUGUUUUGGAGGUAUAUGUUAUACAUAUUAAUAAUCCUCAUGUCAUGUGAAAAUGGAAAAUAAGUAGGAAAAAUCUGAAUCACUCAAAAUUCAAAUGCCCCAAAAUAACCAUGUUUCAUGCCUUGGUGUAACUAUACCUCUCAACCUUUC